CCGGCCGGGAAGACAACGCAGCCUAGGGCGGGGAGGGGGGAGGCGGGCGGGGGAACUGGGCAAGCAUGAGGCGGAGUUAGGGUCUGAACUGGGGCGAAGCUGAGACUGGAGCUUACGACUGGACGGAGGGCUCCGCCAAGCUGAGGUUCGAGGUUGGACUCCGCGAGGAAGAGUCCCGUGGAAGAACCGGGCUGAGAGCGAUGUGGGUUAGGACGACACUGACAAUUGAAAGAUGGACUGAGGAAGAGACUGACUGCAAGACCCACGUCUGGGACAAGAGUGAGAGCAGCGAUAUAAACAGGUUACCCAGCUGGGAGAGAGGACAUCUGCUGGCUCGUGUGGCAUCCAGCACUGAUGCAUCUACCUUAUCUUCUGAAGGUGAAUGCAAGGAGACUGACAGCUGCUGCUGGAAACACAAGCAGUGUGCUGGGCACAUCAUCCACCCCUUCUCUGACUAUGGCCACCACAACCUACAUGUACAUGCUGUCAGCCACUGCGACUGUGAUACUAGGCUGAAGGACUGCUCAGAGAAGACCAAUAGCAGCAGCUCCCAAGACACAGGCCCAGCCUGCUCCCGUGAUGUGGGGUCAACCUGCUUCAACACCAUUCAAACCCCUUCCUUUGAGAGCAUCCCAGAGGAAGAAUGUGUGGAACGAUUCUGGUAUGGCUGGUGCAAAAGCUACAGGCCUGUCUCUGUGGCAGUGAUCCACCAUCCCAUCCACCAUGAAUGUGGGGCAGAUGACCUAAAUGAAGAGGAAGAGGAGGAGGAAGAAAGUAGGCCUCCCAUCCCAACUCAGGUGGGACCCACCACAACGCCCACUGAACCAGGCACAGUCACUGGGACCCCUGACUCAGCAGCGCCCAUCACCAUCUGGCGCUCUGAGAGCCCCACAAGAAAGAGCCUGGACAUCAAGGUGAUCAAGAAGAUAAAGAAGAAAAAGGAAAAAGACAAGGAGGAGGAGAUGACAGAUGAGAAGACAAAGCUGAAGAAAAAAGCCAAGAAGGGCAAGUUGACUAAGAAGAAGAGCCCAAUGAAAUCAGAGUCUUCACCUCCAGACUUGAGCCGAUCAUUAAGCCCAAGAGUGUUGGCCAGGAUGUCGGAGUCCAGCCCAGAAAGCCCGGAAGACCUGGAGAGUGAGGACAGUUACAAUGACCGGGGGCAGCAAGAGCCCUCCAGUGACGACAUUGUGGAGUCAUCAUCACCCAGGAAGAGAGAGAAGUGCAUUGCCCAGAUCAAGAAGAACAGGGCAAAGACCUCACCAACCAGGAAAGUGACCAAGAGGAAAUCUCCCCCAGUGUCCAACCCCAAUCUCAGUUGAGGCCAGGGUGCCCAGGGUGAAGAAUAAAUGCCAUCAAGCCUGUAACUGACCCCCUGCUACUUGUUCUCUCCCUCUAACAGGGCUACCUUUUGGUGAGGCAGUGGGCUCUGGGCAUACUGGAGCUAAGG